AUGAAGUUGUGUUUCUACUUAGCAAAAGUUUCAGGUUACUUCGUAGAGCAAAUGGCGGAUGUGACAGAGACUAAAUCUGAACAUUUAUAUCUCUUGCCUAAAAAAAUGGUCCAGAAAGCCUCUGAUGGGGAACCAAGGGUCAACUUUCUUGGCCGAGUGGAAGAAGAGAGAAAAUCUCUGCUGUCUUUCUCUCUGGCUGCUGCUGCCAUCACCGCCGAAGCUGACGGCGUGUGUGUGUUUAAAUGCCUUGUAAACAGAGAUACGGAAUAUUGCCGAGUGGGACAAGAGUCCAUCUUGAUUACCUUGGGGUACAAAAGUGCUGUGCUGCAGUUCAAGUCAAAUUCUGAGUACAGUAUGUUCUCAAAUGCCUUAAAGAGUUGCCAGAAUCAGAAGAAAGAAAACUCGGUGUUCAGUCAGCGGACAGAAGAAGCGUCAGCCACACAGUAUUUCCAGUUUUAUGGCUAUAUAUCCCAACAGCAGAAUAUGAUGCAGGACUUUGUCAGGACAGCCACCUACCACAGAGCUAUCCUCCAGAACCACAUGGAUUUUAAAGAUAAGGUGAUCUUGGAUGUCGGCUGUGGAUCGGGAAUUCUGUCCUUUUUUGCCGUGCAGGCCGGAGCAAGGAAAGUCUACGCUGUUGAAGCCAGUGCCGUGGCCCAAUACGCUGAGAUUCUAGUGAAAAAUAACAACCUUUCAGAUAAGAUCAUUGUCUUAUCAGGAAAAAUUGAAGAAGUCUUACUGCCCGAAUCUGUAGAUGUGGUUAUUUCUGAGCCAAUGGGUUAUAUGCUUUUUAAUGAGAGAAUGCUGGAGAGUUACCUCCAUUCCAAAAAGUGGUUAAAGUCAAAAGGAAUGAUGUUUCCAACCUUUGGUGACAUUCAUCUGGCGCCUUUCUCGGAUGAACAGCUCUACAUGGAACACUGCUCCAGAGCAAAUUUUUGGUACCAGCAGUGUUUCUAUGGGGUCAAUCUAACCAGCCUCCGCAACGCAGCUGUGGAAGAAUACUUCAGACAGCCGAUUGUCGACACAUUUGACAUUAGGAUCUUGAUGGCCCGGACAGUUAAAUACACAAUUAACUUUGCAGAAGCUGAAGAGGAAGAUCUGCACAGAGUGGAGAUCCCCUUUGUGUUCCACAUGGUGCAGUCUGGCCUCAUCCAUGGCCUGGCCUUUUGGUUUGAUGUGGCCUUUGUUGGAUCGCUGGUAACAGUUUGGCUGUCCACGGCCCCAACGGAACCUCUAACUCACUGGUAUCAAGUUCGCUGCCUUCUCCAGACUCCUCUUUAUGUCAAAGAAGGAGAGACUCUCUCAGGAAAAGUCCUGUUCGUUGCCAAUAAACGGCAGAGUUACGACAUCCAGAUUGUGGCUAUGGUGGACCAGACGGGCUUUACGUCGGGCAACAUCUUGGAUUUAAAGAAUCCGUUUUUUAGGUACGCAUAGGGGCCGGAAAUCUGCGAUUCAGACGGCAGAACCAAGACUCUUCAAACCAAGCAGCCUGGGAGGCUUCAAGUUCAUUCCUCUGGGAGUCGGCCCGAGUUUGAGUGACAUCAGAUUGUAACUGUUCAUACCUUGUAAUCAAGCACUGUAUGUCAGUUGUGUAGUUUCGAUGUAGUCAGAGACAGCUUUUUAGGUCGGAAAUGCAUCUUUGGUUCACAUUCGCGUACCUAAUUCCCACACAUUUUUAGCUCUGAACAGCUUUGUUGGGCGCGAAGGAAGAUGAUUUUUGGCAAAGCCGAUGGUUGUUGCUUUUCUUUUUUUAAAGUAUUUUCUUUAAAAAAAAAAAAAACCUACCUCAUUUUAAUAUGUGCCAUUGGAAAAUUUUCAUACUGACGGUAUCUCUGCACACGUUUUCUUUUUACUUUCAACAUGUUUGGAGCUAGCCUAAGAGCUCAAUAAUAUGCUAAAAUCAAUUUGAACUGUUUUCUUUGCUAGGCGACUUAAUUAACUUACAUGCCGACGAAUAAUCCUCUUUUCCUCAUUUGCCGUUUGCGAUUGCUCUUUAGAUAAAACACAAAAACAUGUACCAUUUGUAACAAGUUUACAAUAAGUAUUUUUAGUGUGGGAUACAGAUGAGGCCCAUCUUGUACAUGAGAGAGCCUAGCUGGAGGGCAUCAAUG